AGAGAGAGAGAGGAAAAGAGAGGGAGAUAGGAAGAAGCAGUCGUCGAGGGAAGACUUGAACAAAAUCUCCGUCUUGCUGACUCCUUCACCAGACACGGCGGGCACACCAUGGACGGCUAUGGCCGGACCGAAGAUGAGCUGUUCUCCUCCUGCCUCGUGAACCUCACCUGGGAGACGUGCUACGAGCAGUGUGCUGCCUUGGUUGGUGAAGACCAGCCCCUCUGCCCAGACUUACCUGAACUUGACCUCUCAGAGCUGGAUGUCAGUGACUUAGACGCAGACAGUUUCCUGGGCGGCCUCAAAUGGUACAGUGACCAAUCAGAGAUCAUUUCUGCUCAGUAUGGGAACGAAGCGUCCAAUCUUUUUGAGAAGAUAGAUGAAGAAAAUGAGGCCAACUUGCUGGCAGUGCUUACAGAGACCCUGGACAGCAUCCCGGUGGAUGAGGACGGAUUGCCUUCGUUUGAGGCCCUGGCAGAUGGGGACGUGACCAAUGCCAGUGACCAGAGCUGUCCCUCCUCUCCCGACGGCUCACCGCGCACCCCAGAGCCCGAGGAGCCUUCCCUGCUGAAGAAACUCCUUCUGGCACCCGCAAACUCCCAGCUCAGCUAUAAUCAAUACACAGGUGGCAAGGCACAGAACCAUGCAGCCAGCAGCAACCACCGGAUCAGACCACCACCUGCCGUCGUCAAGACGGAGAGCCCCUGGAACGGCAAAGCAAGAGGGGGCUCCAGCCAACAGAACCGCCCGGUGAGGCGGCCCUGCACCGAGCUGCUGAAAUACCUAACCGCCACCGAUGACAUCCUCCUCCACGCCAAAGCCAGCGAAGCCAAGAGCGCCUGGGGGGGUGCUAGUAGCAGGGACAAGAGUGGCAUGGGUCUCGGUGCCUCUUCUUCCUCCUCUUCACCGUCCUCGUCAUCCACCUCCUCGUUCUCCUCCCUCUCCUCCACCUCUUCCUCCUCUUCCUCUACCACCUCCAAGAAGAAGCCGGCUGUGCCGUCUCAUCAACAGCAGCAGCAGCAGCCGCCACAGCAGCAUCACCAGCGAGGUGAGAGCCGGGCUGGAGGCGAGUGUAGUAUGGCUGGUCUUGGGGCUGGGAAGUGGCAGCGUUGCGCUCACGAUGACGGGUUUGAGGAGUCGGAGGGUGCUACUAUCCCUGUUGGCCACAGAAGCUCCGCCUGCGGCCAUGCCCGCCCCAAACUGGAGCACGGGCCGCCCAGUGAAGAAGGAAGGCCGCCAGGCGAUGCGGGCCGCCUGGCCGCCGCUAGGUUUAUUAGGUAUAUGCACUCUUAUUCCCUCCCUCCCCGAGAGGCGAGUCACAGCUGUGAGCAUUGCCGAGAGGCUGCAGGCGCCACUCAGGCUAGUGAGGGCUUUGGCAGGCAAGGCCGUAGCAACAGUAACAGUGCCAGCCGUGCACCACAUAGGCACAUCACAGUGACUAUAAAGAAAAGAGACGAGAAGCCGGGGCACCCGUUACUUAGCCAGCUGCUCACCUCCAAAAAGAGGCCCGCUCAGUAUCAGGCCCGUGUCCUCCCGCAUACUCCCAUUACCCCUUUACGGAGCAGUAAGAGCAAAUUAGCAGAAGCGAGGUCUGAGAGUCCAGCCCGGGCUUUUUCUAAGGUUAAGGAGGAGAAGGAGCUCAGAGGGACCACUGAUGAUAGAAACAAGGGAGUAAGUCAAGCUGAGGAGGCUGAUUCAAGGCCCCUGUUGUCACCUCUCACCUUUGACCUAGAGAGCUGGGUUAACCAGCCAGAUCCAGGGCUAGACAUGGCCUUUGGACUAGAUCUGGGGUGGCCAAGCCAGGGGGGCUACAGGGAGGAUGUUAACCAUGAUGAUGAUGAUGAUAAUGAUGGUGUUGUUGUUGAUGGUGAUGAUGAUGAUGAUGACCAUGUCAUGGGCAGCCCCGCAGCGGUGCUCUCACAGGGCCCACCGAGCCCACUCCUCCCAGAUACUAGCAUUGCAGAGCCCACCCCUCCCUGCAUCAUACAAGGGCAAGGGCACCCACACAUGCAGGCACUCAGCGAGCACCCCGAUGACCAGGGCCACCCAUUGUUAGCCAAACCAACCACCUUGCCACUUCCUUUGACCCCAGAGUCUCCAAAUGACUACAAGGGAUCACCGUUUGAGAACAAAACCACUGAACGCACAUUAAGUGUGGAGAUUGCUGGAACCCCAGGUUUGACACCACCUACCACGCCCCCACACAAAGCCAGUCAAGAGAAUCCUUUCAAAGCAUCUCUCAAAACCAAGUUGUCUUCAUGUUCCUCCUCGGCCUUGGCAUGCAAAAGAGCCAGGCUGAGUGAGUUGGGCCCCGGCGCUCUGGCCCCGGCCCCAGGUGCCUCAGGCAGGGGCCCCACCAGGAAGGGUCCUGAACAGACUGAGCUUUACGCCCAGCUGAGCAAAGCAACCACCACCCUCCCUUACUCCGUCACUCAACACGCAGUGGGGGGCGGCCUUGAGGAGUAUCGCAGCACCGGCAACACUAAGCGGGCAACGCCCCGUAACUACAGCGACCAUGACUAUUGCCAGGCAACAGCUGGUAAUAAGAAGGAUGGGGGCUCAGCCACUGUUACCACAACCACAGCUGUGAAAAUGACAUUCACCUCAGGUGCCACUGAUGCUCCAGUGCCUGCUGAAGGCAAAGUGGAGAGCAGGCAUGUGGAAUGUAAGGAUUCAGCCAUGCCACCGUCAUCUUCAUCAUUUCCUCCAUCAUCAGCUUCACCUGGUUUUUUGGCUAAACAGCAGAGUUUUGGGUCUGUGGAUGGAGAGGCGGGCCAGGUCCGGGGGUUAGGGGAGCACGCCCUCACACAAACCGCUCAGAUCCCCUCACAAGAGGCCACUAUUGACAGGGACCAACACAAUCUUUGCGCCACCAGCCGAAAGCUCCUGUGCGACCAGGAAAUCCGAGCAGAACUUAACAAGCACUUUGGCUACCCUUUGCAAGCCCUCUACACCCCGGGUGGCCAGGAGAAAGAAUCAAGCAGCAAAACGAACAAUGCUACAGCUCCUCAGUCCCUCGAGGGGGGAGAGAAUGACUGCUACCCCCAGAGGCUGCCUGCCUCCAGCUACCUUCACCCGGGGUUUCUGGCCUUCCACGACGAACUAGAGCUGGACGAGAGCCGUGAAAGUCGCUUCCUCUUUCCAUGGGAGGGCACCCCUCUGGAUCUACUCUUUGACUGCGCCCCCUGCUCUCCCUCUUCUUCCCCACCAUCCAGCUGCUCCCCUUCACGAGGCUCUAUCUCUCCACCUUCCUCCCUGCUCCUGUCACCCAGCAGACCUUCCUGCUGGGCCGGCAGCGGGUCCCGCUCUCGUUCCCGUUCCCAGUCUGGGUCCCGCAGCUCCUCUUCACGAUACCGCAGGCGCUCUCUCUCCAGCUCACCCGACAGACGCCCGUCCUCCUGGUCUCGUCACAGCACAGAUUUGAAUGCUUUUCGUUCCAGGAAUCACAAGAGCCCCCACCCCCAGCCUCGAUCUCCUCUGAGCCGCAGGCCAAGGUAUGACAGCUACGAGGAGUACCAGCACGAGAGGCUGAAGAGGGAGGAGUACCGCCGGGACUACGAGAAGCAGGAGUUCGAGAGGGCCGAGCAGCGAGAGAGACAAAGGCAGAAAGCAGUUGAGGAGAGACGAGUGGUGUACGUGGGGCGACUGAGGUCCGACUGCACCCGGACAGAGCUGAAGCGCCGCUUUGAACUCUUCGGUGAAAUAGAGGAAUGCGCAGUGAACUUGAGGGACGAUGGGGACAAUUUUGGCUUCAUCACGUACCGCUACACUUGUGACGCCUUUGCCGCCCUUGAGAAUGGACACACCUUACGCAGGUCAAACGAGCCCCAGUUCGAGCUGUGCUUCGGCGGACAAAAGCAGUUCUGCAAAUCACAUUACACAGACUUGGACUCCCAUUCAGACGACUUCGAUCCAGCCUCCACAAAAAGCAAGUACGACUCCAUGGAUUUUGACAGUUUGCUGAGGGAGGCCCAGCACAGCCUGAGAAGGUAACCUGUUCAGUGGCACCUGCUGUCUGUCACAAAGAGGGACUUCUGAUACCUCACGGUGGUUUCUCGCUCCUUUGAUGACGAGACUACCAGAAGUUUUACACUCUGUCAAAGAGUAUAUAAGAAUAAGUCUAUAGACCUAUAUCAAUAUAAAUGAAUAUAUCAAAAAUAAAGUUUACAUGAACAUAGCUGCUGAAGAGCUGGGAAGAGACAUUGCGUUCUGGGAAGCCAGUGAACCCUCAGAAUCUGCACGGGUUUGGUGCACUCUACUGCUGAAAGAAGAAAAAGAACUUUAUUUUUUCUUUCUUUCCUUUUUGGGUUUUCUUUGUUUUUUUGUUGUUGUUGUUGCUCCAAGCACUACAAUACCCACAAUUCUUUUGGGGGGAGGAAAUGAACACGCGCAGCUUUUUUGGCCAGACUUAUUUUUUUCUUGUUGUUGUUGGCCUUUUUUUUGUUUUCUUGUUUGUUUGUUUAUUCUUUCCUUUUUUUCCUUUUCAAUCUGGUGUUUGGAUCCGGUGUUACAUCGCAAACAAAGAGUUUGGUUAAAUUCUCAAGGUAACAUCAUUGUCUACAUUUAACGGAGAAUUGUAGCUGUGUAUUUACAAAUACUAUUAAAAAAAAGGAAUAUUUUUAUUUUAUGUACAUAUCAAAGUUCUUUAUUUGUUACAGCUAUGCACUGUAAAACGCAGCCUUUUUUAAAAAUGCGGAGAACAUUUCUUAAUUCAGAAUGUCGAUCUGUAGUGAUUACAAUACUGUAAAAACAUUAUUGUACACCUACAUGAUGUGUAGAAGACAUGACAUGAUUGUAGAAAAAAAACAGAAGAAGAAGAAGAAAAAAAAGAUGUGUCCGAAUGCUCAGUUUUGGAGGAGCAUGUGAACAUGUGUCUUUUUUUUUAAGUUAUUUUUUUGUGGGAGAAAAAAAAACAGUCAACCAUGUAUAGUUUAUGUCUGUUUUUAAAGUUUCUCAAUCAGUGUUUUUUGCUUAUACAGCCACUGUAAAAUGCAUUUUUAACGUCUUUUUCAUGAUUGUAAAGAACGUUAGCCCAUUUUUU